AGUUAGGUGCUUAGGUUCAGUGGUUCACUGUGGAUGAUGGACGAUGAUGACGAGGAAGAAGGAUGGAGAUAUGGUAAGGUAAUGGCCAAAGUCAGAGGUGGACCUCCUCUCCUCUCUUCAUGGCGUGGCAAGCGUGCGCCACCUUAUCCCCGCGGCGCACGUUAGCCAACCUCUCUCUCUCCUCCCACCUAAGCGGUGGUGGCCUCCUCAUCCUUCUAGAUCUCUUUUUCAGCCGCACACCCCUCCCUCUCACCCACCACCCACCCCACCCCCUACCUCCCUCCUUUAUCGCCUCUCUCUUCCCCAUGUCUCUCUCCUCCACCACCCUUCUCCUCCUUUCUGCCUCUUCUUCCGUCUUGCUAUUCUGCGCCGCCGUUCUUAUCCUUCGCCCGCCGUGUCUGAUCUGACCCCCACUCUCUGACGUUGUUUCGCUUAAUUGUUUUUUCGUUUCGUUCCCAUGGCUUCGCCUUCUUCGCCGGUGGAUUCUGCCCCUCCUCCUGAUCCACCCUCUGCAGUGCCUCUUCCCCUCUCGGCGCCACCGUCGUCUCGCCGUCUUCCGCCGCCGUGCUGGUCCCCCGAUGAGACUGUGGCUCUGAUCGACGCGUAUCGUGACAAAUGGUAUUCCCUUGGUCGGGGAAAUUUGAAGGCGACUCAUUGGCAGGAGGUUGCCGAUGUGGUAACGACUCGUUGUCCGAAUGCGUCCCCGCCUAAGACCGCCGUCCAGUGCCGCCACAAGAUGGAGAAGCUCCGUAAGCGGUACCGCACCGAGAUCCAGCGUGCCCGGUCUUUGCCGGUUGCCCGAUUCAAUUCUUCGUGGGUCCAUUUCAAGCGCAUGGAUUCUAUGGAGAAAGGUCCUUCCCCUGUUAAAGCUGAGAACAAUUCUGAUAGCCCUGAUGAGAUUGACCAUGACGACGACGAGGAGGAUCAAGAUUUGUACGAGGAAUUUAAGAAUGCUGGUGGGUCUAACACCAGGAGCUUGAAUAAAUUGUAUAGGAACGGAAUUGGCGGUGGUUCUGAUGGCGGCGUCGGUGGAGGCGGAUUUCGCAUUCGGAUUCCGACCGGGGUGAGUAUAGCACAACCUGGCACCAAGUUUUACGGGAAGCUUGGUGAUCAGAAAUUUAACUCGAAUUCGAACUCUGCCGCACCUAGCUCUAAUUGCAGCCCCAAUUACGGCACAAGGAUUUUGAAAGAGAGAAGCGGACUGGGGAAGAGGGAGAGAGAGAGGGAUCCAGUGGGAGAGAUGGUGACUGCAAUUAAGGUCUUAGGAGAUGGGUUUGUGAGGAUGGAGCACAUGAAGAUGGAGAUGGCGAGAGAGAUUGAAACCAUGAGGAUGGACAUGGAAAUGAAACGAACUGAGAUGAUUUUGGAGUCUCAACAACGGAUUGUUGAGGCAUUUGCUAAGGCAGUUUCAGAGAAGAAGAAGAAGGCUAAGAGAAUGCCAUCACCUUCAGAACCAUAGACACUUAUUGGGUAUACUUCUUAACUUUGUAGAGUAAUGGAACUAGACUCGGGAGGCCAAUAAGUUAAUAUCUCUCCGAACUAAGAUAUGUGAGUUCCCUAGUUCAGGUUUUUCUGUUUAGAUUUUGUUUCUCUUUUUCUGUCUCAUUUUGUAAGUCAAGGGGAAUUGGAACUUCAUAUGAUCAGUUUUAGGUUGAUGGUGGAUGAAUGUAGAUUUACUGUGAAUUUUCUGGUCUCAAUCAUGUCUAUGUCUAUUUUUAUCAAGCCAAAUGAUUCAGAUCAGAGAACAGAGUUGUUUCAGUUUGAAGAGUCCCUGGCUCAUUUCAUGUAGUGUGUGCUGACAUUGUGAGGAAUAAUUCAAUAAAGUAAGUUAGCCCUCCA